AUGCCCAUAAAACGAACCAAGGACGUCCGGUUUGUUUUUUUUUUUUUUUUGCCAUAAUACGAAUGCCAUACAAGUACAUUAUGUGUCCAGUCACUCCCCGGCAUACAGACUGAAUACAAAUACGAGCUGAUACUGGGGACGAAUGUGCCAUUGUUGUAGGUGGGAAGUUGGGAAAUUUAAUGUAUAUCUGUACGCAACGAUUAAUAAUUGCUAACGAAAAACAAAACGAUUCUGAACGGAGUUCGGUUUAUAGUGUUGCUUUGUCAACAAUAUACGAGUAGGUAUAGAUGUCAUAUUAAUGGUUUUUUUUUUUUUUUUUGUGUGUGCGUUUUUUCUGACUGUGAACAACAUAUUUACGAGAAAUCUCGCUUCGAUCAACAGAUUACAAAAUGCUUUUUUUAUUGUAUUUUCGACCUAAUUAUAGUGCAGAAAGUCGUUUUUAGAUUUUCCCAGCGGUUUUCAUAACAAUUGAGAAUAACGGGGGAAAAUGCGGAAAAAAAUCUGACAAAUUUACGGUGUUAACGAUUUCAUAAUUUUAAAUUUUUUCGAUUUCGUUUUUUUACCAGAAAAUGGGAAACUCCACCUCGUUACAAGAGGACGAAAGAAUCGUCCCGGGAAGCCCAAAUAGGGCUCAGCAUUUUUAUUUUGGUUUUUAGAACAAAAUUAGGGGGUGUCCAAAAAGAACUUCCGCCAUUGCCCAAACAAGAAUCGUCCGAAUACCGAAUACAUAUCAGCGGAGAUCCCACACGGGUACGAUGAAAAAUUACCGAGUCGUUGUGCUUAAAUGCUGCCUGGAACGCAUGGUAAAUUUGGAGAGGGGUGCAUAAACGCCAGAGCCGUGGUACCGAGGGGCAUGAUAAUUCCAGGAUAACGUUACCCCCGGCAAACGAAAAUUCAGCGGAUAUGUAUACGUACCCUGGCAUUCCUUAAUUCGUACCCAAAUGGCCAUCGGCGGGGUAUGAUAGUCCUGGUACAAUCGUACCCGGGGGUCGCGGUUGUUCCGGGCCAUCACGGUUCGCCCAUCACUCCGGUAUUGUUUUUAAUGGGAAAUCUAUAGCCCGGUAUAACCGAACGGAUUUCUAGCACGGCGAAAUAAUAAUUUACAUGCGGAUGUCAUUCCCGUCCAUUAUGUUUGCGUAUUAUCCGCACCGUUGCAUCAUGCGAUCGGAUCGCGUGGUUACGCCCGCGUUUUCGGUCGCGGGCGCGAAAGUAUUGUUGCGCCGUUAUUUUGCAUGGCCGAAUCGUUGAAUACCGCCCACGAGCCGCGCGGCAGCGGACAGUGAGUGGCGCGAGUGGGCGUCGUAAGCCGCGUCCGCACCGUUUGUGAUGUUUCGCGGGCGAUGGCCGUCGACGGCGUUCGGUUAGGCGAUGCCUGGCGCCUCCGGCAAAGCCGCCGAUAACGCGACGACGCGUACCGCAUAGGCGCGAACGACGGGGGCGCCCGGGUGUCUUUAGCGGCCCCCCAGUUCGAAACUGGCGCGUUCCGCGAAAACCCGAUCGACUUUUUUUCUGAUCACGAAUAAAUGUUUCGCGCGUGCGCUUCAUAACCGACGGACAGAACAAAACACGCAGAUAUCCGAUUGUACAGGCAGCGCCUGUACGCGCAUGAAGAAUGAUAUUUGAAACAGUCGUGAUGAACUUGUACACGCGGAAUUGUAAAUUAAACGUGCGUGUAAGAGCCGUGUAAAGCGGUAUGUAGGGGAGGGGGGGAGGGAGGGCAUAUUCCCCCGCGGGUCUCUGAUGCGUCCGUGCGUACGGUGCCGCAGGCGCGUCCAGAGACCAGAGAGACGUUUUAUUGUCCACGUUUCGUGAGCGUUAGAGUUGUAGCCGACGAGGACGCGCGCGAGUUAUUGCGGUAAUCUAAAACGUCGGUGUCGACAAAACCGUAGGCGGGAGCGAGAAGGGUUGAGGGGGGAGGGGAAUCAUAAAAACGCAACCGUCGCGCAAACUUUCGAUUUGAUAUUUACCGAUUCCGACGUGGAACGAAAUUUCGGAAACGGAAACCUGUUACCGAUAACGAUACAUACAGACACCGGAUUUAUGUGGUACGCGCUUCUGGUCCACAAACAAAUCGCUUGAAACCCCGACAGAAAUAUUUAUACAAUGCAGGCGGAGGGAUUUUAAGUCGCCCCCCCCACCAUGAUCUAAUCUAAUUAAACGUAUAAAAUAUGAAAUAUUGUCCGGACUCUACAACAACAUGAUUAACGGAGUGUUUUCGGAUAAUAAUGUUGGGAAAUAAUAUUGCACACGUUAAAGUCGCUAGAGAGAGAGAGAGAGAGAGAGAGAGAGCGAGAGAGAGUGAGAGCGAGGGGAGGGAUGUGUGGGAAUUUUAAAACUCUCUCUACCUUUUUUUUUUCCCCCCCGGGUUUUCCGUGGAUUUCGCGUGCGCGAUGUGAUGACGGCGGCCAUCGCCGACCGACCGACCCGGUACAGUCGUGUGCGGUUAAAAUCGCCCCGGUCCGGACGCAGCUUCACACCGCCGCCGAAACCGAAAAACCCCGCGGGUCGCCGCCGGCGGCCCUCGCCCGUCUGUUUGCGCAACGGCGACGGCCGCCGCGUCCGAAUACGGCGCGUUCGUUUGGCCGCGCGACAAUAUUUGUCGCGUUGCCAUUAGAAAUUACGGCGCCCCGGACGUUCGGACCGCACGUGUUACGAUAAAACGGCGGUCGUUUCUCGCCGUCGCCCGUCGCCACUCCGCCCGUGACGCGCCACCAGUGACGGUGUCGCGUAGCCGAGAGGGAAACAGAAUCCAACGCCGCGCGGUCCGCCGGUAUUGUACAGUUUCGCAGCCGCCGCCGCCGCCGCCGUUUUGUUCCUCCGCCCGUCCGCCACGACGUCUACGCAUAAUAUUCUGUGCGUGCGGUCAGUGGCGUCAUUAUGAAAUGUCUCACGGGUGGGGUGGGACGGGCAAACGGCUUGUCACACGGCUUGUGUCAUGCCCGGGGCCGUAUUUAAGGGACGGUUCGCGCAGGGGGACAAUAGCCGGGGGAUAGGGGGGGUGGUGGGACUAUUGUCGUAUAUUUUAUACGUGGGGCGAUCAAAAUCUAUCACACAUGAGACUCGUUAUCUCGGAAAGCAUUAACUUUUUUCGGAAUUCGUUGCAUACGGCAUUUACGAAAUAAGCUGCUCUAAACCUACUAUAUUUAUGUUUUUGUUUUUUUUUUUUUUUUUUUAUUACCCUCGGUUUUGGGGCUUAAACCAUUAUGUACUUUCGAUUUUUAUGAAUGGCAACCUAUAUUACAAAUUACAUAAACAGAUGGAGUAUUAGUUCAAAUAAAUGUUGGUGUUUAGGUUUUUGAUUUUCGUUGACCAGAUAUUCCACUUUUUUCCGACUAAUUUUUCCAAAAGUCUUCUCAGCGAAUAUGAAAAACCGGGAAACACGUAAAAAAAAAAAAAACGAGAAAAUCGGUACAAUUUUAAACAAAUAUUAUUAAAGAAAAUACGUAAUGAUAUCCAUUUGAUUAUUUUAUCAUAAUAUUACAUAAAUAUUGUUGACAAAGCGUCAAUGGUUUAUUGCUGUUUACAGAUGAAAAUCAAUUUCCCCCUUUUAUAUCAUACAUUCCCAGCUUCCCGCCUACACCGGUGACUGCGCCCACGUGCGAAAUAUGUUUGUAUUUUUUUUUUUAAAAAAAAAUUACAAAUUGUUUGUUUUUAUCUGAAUACUAAAUUGGACUUUCGAAAAUCCCAAUAAUUAGUAUGGUGAACGGACAACUGGUACGGUCUUUAUAAACGCGGAAUACCGGUACGAUCGUCAACAAUCGAGGUUUCCCAAACUUUUACGGGGGAAAAAAAAAUAAAACACGAAGGAUUAUUUUUAAUUUUAUUUUGCCGACAACCGACGGGGAAACCACGGGUGACAGCGGAUGAAAAUAAUCGCCACGCUUUACAAUUCAAAUUAAACGCCACCCAAUAUGAAAUAAUUACGGUACGAUACGAUUGACGUGUUCAACUCGCCUGUGUCCGGUUGUGUUUGCGGCAAUCCCGAAAACCCGUCCGGGAAUUCGAUUCGUAACUUCAUAGACCUCUCCCGGUGGUUUUUUUUUUUUUUUUGUGUGCACUGCAGACAAUUGAAAUGUGUGCGCCUGCCGUAUCCUCAUUUUCAUAGACGGGCCACUGCGUUCCGCAGACGUAAUGUUUAGAGUGUUAGGUAAUCAAUCCUCGACGAGACGCUCAGUAUUUCGGAAAAUAUUAUUUACUUUUCGGGCAUUUUUUUGUUUUUCACCGUGUGCCGUACGACUUCCCCAAACAAAUAGCCCCGGAAUGUUCCAUUAUCGUUGUAUAUUGGCAUUCUUAUUUUGAUGAGCGCAAUAAUUAUUUUUGAUUUUUAGACAGCGCCCUGCACUGAAUGCAAUUCCAUAAAUCAGACGACGUUUUUAGUUAAACACACGUUACGGUAUCCGUUGAAAUUUCGAAUUUCCGUCAAUGCACCGAACCCAAAACGAGUGCACGGUGUACUACGCGCACCGCGAAAAGUCUGAAAAAAUAGCCACUGCCCCCUCCCGGCCGCGCCAUUGUUGUUCGGGUACCUACGCGUCUGUUAUGGCGAGGUCGUUGCCCGCUCGCCAAGCUAACUCGUAUAGUUUUUUUUUUUUUUUUUUUUCCCCCAUAUUAUUCGCAAUUGAUUUUCGUGUUUUCGUCCCCAAAACGAAAUUCAAUCGGCCACUCGACGGCAGUGGCGCACCCAGCGAGGGGAUGGGGGUUAUAUACACCCCCCCCCGCCCGUAGACGUAUAAGCACGGGUAAUCUAAUAUCGACAUUUCGGCCGAUUUCCGCGGAAACGCUUAAUGCGUUGAUUGGAAAUUGGUUUUUUUUUUUUUUGUUCUCAACGGCCGGCUUUUAAACCGCCGAUUCCCACGGUCGGGUUGGACAGCGAAGACGAUUUUACACUCUUUCGUCACGAUUCGCACCGGUUACGUUACCCGUCCCGUCGAAAACUCCUGGGCACGCCGCUGCCCGACAGUAUAAUCCCGUGCCCGGUCCGCCGGUCGAGAAUUCAACAACAGGUGCCUGGGGGGGGGAGGGGAGGUGGGAAUAAGUAAAUAAAUAAAAGAACGGUGAACGCGCGCGCGUCCUAACCGAUCGGUACGGCAGACAAGCGCAGUGAGCGUAUACCCGGCGGCGGAACAGCCGGCGAGGUCGCGGGAAGUCGCGGGGGCGGAAACAACAGACUCGCGGUGCCCGCGGGCCGCCGCCCGCCGGCAACCGGUUCUCGUUCUCGGUCGUCGUCUUUUCGUGCGCGGCGGCGCGGGCCACCGAGUGGGACACCGCGCCACAGGUAUGACGCGUUGUGCAUAACAUAUUAUCGUUUUUGCUGUCGUGCAGGCUCGUUCGAGCGGAUUGCGCAACGCGAAACCUUUCCCCGCCGCCGACACGCAAAGAACAAUAAUUCCGUCGUUCACUACAGUCGCCGCCAUUACGAGUCACGGCCGUCUCCGGUGUUUCCGUCCGCGUUCCGUCGAUUUUCCGUCGGGUUUUCCACGGCCCGCACCGUCGCGUCGUCGAGCCGUCCGAACCGUAAGUGUUUUGACAAUAAUAGUGCCGACACCACGCCAGGCAUAUAAUAACAAAUCGCGUCCGUCCUGUAAACCAUUCAUUAUUAAAGUCACCCGUUCGCGUACCUCAACAGGUCGAUACCUACCUACCUACCUACACGAUACUGUUCGAAAAAACUGUGUUUUUUUUUUCCUCUUCUCUCGGAACGGGCCUUGGCGACACGUUUUCCGCGCGGGCACACGCAUUUCCCGGGUCGGCUAUCCGUAUUUGGGUCGGGCGUUCGGAUGAGUUUUGCCGGACCGCGUCCGCCUAAUCAUAUAUAAUAGGUGUUCAUAAUAACCAAUAGUAAUCGCAACAGAUCACCGUGCGGCCCCCGCGGCUUUUCGUUGCGGUCUGUGACAUACCCACCCGAGUUGGCGUAGCGGACGGGUCAACAGGGACGUUUUGAUUUCUCCCCACCCACCCGGUUUUUUUUCUUUCUUUUUCUCAUUGAAUUUUUGUUUUCGUGAUUUUCCUAUACCGGGUAGGUAUGUACUCAAACAUGUAUUAUAAUAUAUUCGUUUUUGUAAAAUAUAAAUACCCGUUUAAUAUAAAUUAUUUCGCCCCUUCCCACCCGAAGAUGACGGGGGGAAAAAAUAUGUUUUAACCAUCUGGUCAAUGAAUAUGCGUUUACAAAUAGGCACCUUGUUCCCCAGUAAUAUGGUUUGUCCGUUGUAUUCGCCUAAACAAUGUUUUCUAAUAAUUAAAUGUAAUUUUAAUUUUCAGGGUCAUAGAAUGGCACUGAAGUGCAUUUUGUUUUGUGCAGUAAGUAUUAUUCGAUUUUUAAUAAUCAGUAUGUAAUUUAUAUUUCAUUUUUAAAGUAGACAUUAAUUUCGGUCGUGCACUUUGCUAUAAGUUUUCAGUUGUAUUCUUUAGAAUAAGAGUAUUCCAAAAAUCCAAUUUCCCCAUUAACAAUUCGUUAAAUUUCAUUAGCAUGAUAACAAAUAUGUUUCUCAUACAAUAUUGGGCUUUUAUUGUUUUUCUAAAUUAAAAAAAAAAAUAAAAAAAAUAAAUAAAUAGUAGAUUAAUCAAGUUAACAAUGUUCAUAAAAACUCUAGUUAGUGCACAUUUAUACGUACACCAUAUGUCUUAAUAAAUUUUAAGAAAUACCUUCAUAAGAACGCAUUUCUUAAUUUUUGUUUGAACGAUAAUAAUAUUACGUAUAUUACGUAUUACGUGUACAUUGUCAGUUCACAAAUGCUUGUUGUAAAAUACUAAUACUUAUAUAAAUUCUUUUUUUUUUUUUUUCAGCUCGCAUUGUGCUCUGUAAACGCUGAUCAUCCAAUAUCAAAUGAUGCCUUUUCAGGUAAAUUACUAAAUACCUAUCUAUCCAGUCGUAUCCGAAUUGCAUGACAAAAAAACAGCGAUAUUGGUCGACAAUGUUGGUAUGCAGAUUUUCUGUACUAGUGUCGAGUCGUGCGCACAUACAUUGUGUAACAGGUUCAUGCCCCACAACAUUUGGACAGACAACUGAUUUUCACCGUUCUGUAUAGCUAAUAGAUUUGAUAUACUAUUUUGUGGGUCUUCUCCUAGACUAGAUUAGUGAAUGACGAUUAGAUAAGUAAACUGUGUAUAGUUAGGCAUUGAAACUAUUUCAAAUAUAUACGACAAAAAAAUAGAAUGGAUGUCAUGUACAGUGAAAAUAUAAAAAAAUAUACAUUUUAAAAUAAUAAUACUGAGAGAUUGGCAAGCAUAAAAAUAAUGUGUAAAUCUUAUUUUAAAUUAAGUGAAAAUAGUGAAAUAAUUUUUACGUGUUUUAAACCAUGACAACUAAAAAAAAAAAGGAUGAAUUUUAAAAAUAAAUCAGAAAUUGGUAAAUUGUUUAAAUUAUUCUUUGGAUUAUCUUUUUCAAAGUCUGAGGAAGUUCAAGAAUGUUUUUCUGAUGAUCACAUGGCUAUAAAAUCAAAUAAUCAGCAAAUACAAGAUUGUUUAAACUUUUUUAAAAUAAAUUCGAUUUUACAAAGCUGUAAUUUCCCAUCAUCAAUAUAGGCUGAGUUUUCGAACAGUUUAAUGCAUACCUACCACUAAUACUUGCAAAUGUUUUAUUUUUUAUAUCACAGUACUUAUCAAUUUUUGGAAGUUUUAAAAAAUGUACAAACUGAUGUUUACAUCAAAACGCUUAGUUCAAAUCAAAUUAUAUUCAUAGAAUUAUGUGUCUGUAUAAAUGUAAAUUUAUAACCCGUUUAGAGUACAUAGAAAAGUUGGUAUAGGUACAAAAACUUACCAGUUUAAUGUUUUUUUCAUAUAUAUACCAUUAUAGUUAUUUGGAAUUUUUAAAUUUGUAUAGCCAAAAAUUUAUCAAAGUUUUAACUGAAAUUUGUAAUAUGUUUUGAAAUCUCUGUAUAUUAAUGUAAAUUUUAUUCAGUGUAGAUAGUAUUAUCUAUAUAAUGCAAAAUUCUUUAUAUACGUACUUGUAUAUAGGUAUAUCUGUUUUUAUUUAUAUGUUGCAUCUUUCACUUUUUCCCAUUUAUGUAUAAAAACUCUAUUGUAAAAUUAAAAAAUAAGGGUAUUUCUAAGAGAGAAGUUUUUAUAGGAUCUAAAAUUAAAAAACAAACAGUGUACGCAACUCGACUCAAUCUCUAAAUAACCGCACACGUCACAAUCUAUAUUAUAAUUUCUGCAUUCGAUUUGAAAACAUUAACCUAUCUAAUUAUUAAAAACGUUUAAAAGUUUUUUUAGUGUUUUAAUAUCCCAAAUUGUAUCUAAUAUUUUAUUCUCUUUUUUUAAUUAUUGUUUAAAAUGGUUAAGCACUUGAUCGAGUUCUUCAAUUGAUUACCAAUAUCUUAUUAGAAUUCUAAAGUUUUUACUAACUAAUUUAGUUAGGUUAUACAUGUAUUAUUUAAAUUUGCACAAUAGAUUUAAAGACUAAUACUUUCAUUGUAAUAAUUAAAUUGCUAAAUGUAUUUUUUCAGAUUUGAACAAUGACAUGUCAAAAGAUAUAACUAUAGAAUGUAACAACAAGGAAAUAAGCGUAACCAUUGAUACAAAAUCAAGAUCAUUCACUGGAAUAAUUUACCCGAAGGGUUUAUCCAAAAAUUCAAGCUGUAUGGCUGAGUUUGAUUAUGAAAAAAGUCCAGUGGUUUAUAAACUCCCGUUGAGAUCCUGUAACACCAUGAGUACAUACUUAGUAGGUUUAUCAAAUAAGAUAUCUAAUAUAUUAAUGAUGUAUUAAAAAAUAUUACCUGUAACAAUUUCAGAAUGAUGGUUUAGUUGAGUAUUUCAAUACCAUAGUUCUACAACCUCAUAGAAAAUUGGUGACAAAUCAAGGAAAAGGUUUUCAUAUCCGUUGCAAAUAUCAAACAAAUAACCAAUUAUUAACCAAUGUUUUAAAUAUGAGGUAUGUUUUAUUUAAUUUUCAUUGGAUUUUGUUUUAUGAUUAAAAAAUGCAUAAAAAUUACAAGUUAUUUCAAUAAGUAACAAAAUUAAUAUUACAAAAAAAUUCUAUUUGCAUACAUUUAAAAUAGAUGUUAUAUAAAUGAUAUUACCUAUAGUUAAUAACGUACUUUUAUAUUCUCCAUAAUUAUUGACUUUUUUUAAUUAAUCAAGUACACAAUUAUUGUUAUUUUCUAGUACAACUGGUGAUGCUUCAUUGAUCGAAGCCUCCAAAUUACCAACAUGUACUAUGAAAAUAUUUUCUGGAAAAACUGUAAAGCAUGAUGUUGCUGAAAAUGUUAAAAUAGGAGAUCCUCUGACAAUGGUAAUAUCCAUUAAUAGCGAAGACACUUUUGGAUUGUUCAUAACUGACUGUUUGGUCCGAGAUGGUUUGGGUUGGGGUGAUCAACGACUUAUCGAUAACUAUGGGUAAGUAAUUUUGCAUAAUAUAUUAAAUAGAUAGAAAAUAUUUUGAAAUUUGUUUAAUAAAAUUGUUCAAAAAUCUUUGUAAUUGUAACUUUUUUAGAUGUUCAAUUGACAACGAUAUUAUGGGACAAUUCCAAUACAGUGCUAAUAAAACCACAGCUUUGGUCAACUUCCAAGCUCAUAAAUUCCCAUACACUACAUCAGUGUAUUAUCAGUGUCAUGUUAAUUUGUGUUUGAAAGCUAAUGGAGGUUGUGCAAAUACGGUAAAUCUCUUGAAAUAUAUUUAACUGUUUUGUUGAUAUUAUGAUUGUGGUUUGAUAACCAAGAUUUAAUAUUGUAUUGUUUAUUUAUUUUACAGCCACCAAAAUGUGGUAAUACUAAACGAGUUCGGCGAGAAGACCAACCAAGUAAAGAUGGAAUUCCAGCUACAAUAGAAGUAUACAGUGGCCUUCAUGUGGACGAAGGUUCGGAUUCUGGUAAUCCCGAGCAAAUGGAUCAAGUUGCACGAAAUGUAAGUAUUUUAAUUGACUUUUUAAAACAAAAUACCCAAUCACUGGUAAUUAUUAAAAGAGCAUAACACUGCAGGCAAAUAUUUAAAGAAGGAAACUAAUUUAUAAAUAUUUAUUAUAUUAAACAAAAAAACUAUAUUUAAUACAAAUAAAAUUAUAAUUUUGUAUUAAUUUAAAGUUUUUUUUGUACUUAAUUCACAUAUUCUCUGUAUAAAGUAUAUCUAUAAUAUUUGAAAAAACUAUGAUGAAUAUAUUGUGUUGUUAUUAAUUAAUGUAAUUUAUUGAUUUAAUUAAUAAUUAUAGUCCUUAAGAAUAAUUUGAAUUAUGAGAAUGAAUUAAUAAUUUUAAAAAAUCAUAAUAUUUUGUUAUAGCUUUUGGAUGAUCCAGACAGUAUUUGUAUUUCUCAGCGAAAUUUUGCCAUAAGUAUUGCUAUUGCUGGACUUAUCCUUAUGCUGUUAACAGUAAUAACAGCUCUUAUAUUGUUGAUGAGAAGACAGAAAAAAUCUAUUUCUUCUAGCGGUAGUUCAAUUUACAGUGGACCAUACACAAACACAGCAUAUAGUCAUACUAGUUAG